AUGGUGACUGUUGUCCACACAGGCGAUGUGCUUGCUCCCGGAAUCCGGCUUCCACCGGACAAGCCACGGGGAUCACAGGUGGGCGGUGUCCGAGAGUCAGCUGAAAUGGAAGCCUACGGCACAUUUGAAAAACAACUUGUCAUGGGGCUGGAGGACCGUUCAGGGCAGGGCGCUGAGCGUGUUAACAGAUCCAGCCUACAUCUGUUGGACGUGGGCCAUGGCCAGGAGAGAUGUCCUUGUGUUGACCAGUUGGCUGCCCCGAUUGUGUGGGAAGGGACAUUCAACGUUGACAUCUUAAACCAGCAGUUCCAACUCCGGAAUGUUACCAUUGGGUUGACUGUGUUUGCUUCUCAAAACUACAUGGCGUACCUGGAGCAGUUCCUAAGGUCCGCGGAGACAUUCUUCAUGGCGGGACACAGGGUGAACUACUACAUCUUUACUGACCAACCUCAUGCGGUUCCUCGGAUCCCCCUCCAGAGCGGAAGGAAAGUGAUCACCUUCCAGAUCCCGAGUUUUGAGCACCAGAAGGACAUCUCCAGGCAGCGCCUGGAGUUCAUCAGCGUCUAUUCCAAACAGCACUUUCACAAGGAGGUGGCUUAUCUGGUGUGUUCCGAUGUGGACGUCACCUUCCAGCACGACGUGGGUGUGGAGAUUCUCUCUCCUCUGUUUGCCACCCUCCAUCUGAGCUUCUACAUGGCCAACCGGGAGGUAUUACCCUACGAACGGCGGCCUAAGUCACAAGCUUACAUCCCAAACGAUGAGGGGGACUUUUACUACACAGGGUCCUUGUUUGGGGGAUCAGUGGCAGAGAUCCACAGGCUCACUGCGGCCUGUCACCAGAUGAUGGUAAUGGAUCAGUCCAAUGACAUUGACGCCCUGGGGCACGGCGAGAGUCACCUGAACAAGUAUCUGCUUUACCACAAACCCACCAAGAUCCUCUCUCUAGAGUACAUGUUCAAUAAGAAGAUGGCUUUUGAGAGGUGGGUGGCUGAACACGUCAAUUUGUUCAGCCUCGUCAAGCGUGUUAAAAUUCUGGAGUUGCCCAAGGGUUACAUGCAGACACAUAAUAAAGACAACGUCACAAACUAUUCAGAGAGAGAGAGAGAGGCUGGUCACCGCUACACUCUAACCGUCCUCUUAGUAUGCCCCCCCCUUUAAAGAUUUAUUUUAUGUGUAGGAGUGUCGGAAUGAACAUACCUGCACCACAUGUGUGUAGUGUCCACAGAGACCAGAAGAGG